CAUUUCCGCUCUACAUUGUCUCCCCAUCAAGCUUUUGUAAUAUUCAUUUGACAUCUGUUGCCAGCUGUGUAUAUACAGCAGGUAGGCCUAUCCAGCGAUAACCUGAUAACAGGUACAAGAUAUAGCAUUCGCUCUGCUAGGCCUUUACCUGAGCCUCUCAUAUACAUAGUGUCGUGGUGUCUCGUUACAUCGUCUUACCAGCAGAAUCUUCUUCGAAUUACGCGUUCAUUACCGUCAUUGCUGGUUGCUGCGAAGGUACUAGUAUCACAUACCAACUGGAGUGUGCUAAUUAUGGAGAAUAUUUGAGCAAACGGACCAGCAUUCACCACAGUCACAGCUAUUGAGGACAUACAAUACAAUGAUGGAGCCGGACGGAUAUUUUCUGCUGGCCGUUACAUUUUUGCUUGGCAUAAUUUUUGAAUCCAGCGCAACGAAUUGCUACCAAUGCGUGUACUAUUCCAACAUGGACGAAGACGAACCUCUUCGUUACCAAGAACAGCAGCUUUUGGCGUUCACCUCGGGGCAUUAUGAUAGAGACCUCUUCUACAAAAAGCAGAACACUAGAAGUUGCUUUCUCGGACCAACACGAGCAGAGGGGUCGAAAGUAUUGUUAUCGGAAUGCCCGCAUAAAUGCCAGACAUAUUAUCGUGAAGAAAAUACUGGAAAAUACGUUGUCAUUCGUUCAUGUGCUAAGCAGUCAAAUUGUUUCAAUGAAAUGUUCGUGGAUCACGAAGCGGCUAGAAACAGCAGAUGUUGUGCAGAGGAUAAGUGCAAUAAUGAUGGUGUAACACGCGCCACGAGGUGCCACCGAUGUUCCUAUAACGAAAAUAUGAAAAUAAAUGAAACAUUGCUCUUACAUCAUCAAAAGUUAGGGGUAAAAUCAAUGUCUGGAUUAUCAACCACAGACAUUGAGCGACUGGGCUUCCAAGGCAGCAUUCCAAAUCAAGGAUUUUGUAAAUAUAAUCCAUGGGACACAGAGCAGGUUUUGUGCCCCAGCAAAACAUGUUCGAAAUUAGAGUUUUGGCGAACAGACAGCGCCAAGCGAGGUCGGGCAAUCCACACCAUAGUCAGAGACUGUCUCCAAGGUGGGAGCUCGUGUCAAACGGACGUGGAGGGCGGAUCCAUCAAAUGCUGCAUGGAGAAUGUUUGCAACGGGACUGGCCAUCUUUAUUUCAGCUGGUCCAUUCUGAUAGGAAUUUUAACUGGAUGUAUAAUGUUACGCUGAUGGACCUUUUUCGUUGUUGAGUACAUGUACAUGUAAUUAAUGUUUUCAAACGACCGGCAUGGAUGAAAACUCUUCUGUGACUGUAAAAAAGUGCUUCACUUCCAGGAUAAAAAAUUUAGCUGCUGUGACUCAUAUCACAUUUUCUACGGGUCAUGAUUUCAAUGAAGAUAUUACGAGUUUCUGAUGAUGUUGUUAAUAUGCCUGCUUUAGCCUUGCGAAUUGGUUGUACGUACUGCUUUGUUGUCCUCAGUGCGGUAAAACUUGCUGGAGAAAUGGAAUCAUGCAGCGCCUUGAAAUUUCGAGACACAGAAAAUAAGCCGUGACAAGGAGUUUGACAGAGAGUGUGAUAAUACGAUGAUUACAUUUUCUACCCAUUAUCUAUAUAAUACAAGAGCCUAAUUUUCGCUUCCGAGUUUUCACAGUCCACAAUGCAGUGUGGGGAUUCGGACAGUGUCAGCAAAUCACUGUCCUCUAUGGUUACCGAAGCGGCUAGCAGACGACAGCAAAUAAAUUGAAAGCACAGGCAGAUUCAACCGCGAAUAUUUCCUAUUCUAUGGCACUCCACGUGGAUUUGCUGGUUGGUAUUUCUAGAUGAUAGCUCAAACACAUUUGUUGAUAGGUUUAUGUUUAUGGACAGUCACACAGCGGACAGUCUGCCGUGUAUUUUUGCGUUUUGGGUCACUUUAUAGAACACUUUGAGCCAAGUGCUUGUAAUCACAUCUUCCUAUUCUGGUACACCCGCUACACAACACAUGUGCAACCCGUGCAAUAAUCUCCACAAUUUAUAGGCACAAUUGUGGUAGAAAUAAGCGCGAACUGUGCCAUUAAUUUGGCAUAGAGCGACAAAAGCACUGAUUUAUCUACUUAAUUAUUCAGGACAGCAUCAUCAAUAUAAACCUAUUAACAGGUGUGUUUAAGCUAUCGUAGCAAAUCCACGUCGAGUGCCAUAGAAUAGGAAAUAUUUGCGGUUGAAUCUGCAUACAUGUGCUUUCAAUUUAUUUGCUGUCGUCUGCUAGCCGCUUCGGUAACCAUAGCGGACAGUAAUUUGCUGACAUUGUGCGAAUCCCCACACUAAUAACUAUUCCAAAACACAUUGGCGCAUACUUUGCUGAUACAAGUGAAAAAAAUUAAAUAAUGAAGACAUUUCUUUUACGUGGAGGGCAAACUGUAGUUGUCUGUGGUCUAUUAUAUAUGAACUGUUUUCGCGUGGUUGAAAAAAAUAUUUAAAGAAAGAAUGUACACAGUAAACAUUUCGAUACAGAACAUUUUAUAAUAAAAUAU